ACCACCAGCCCCCCACCCCCAAAACAAAAUAAUAAGAAUAAUAAAAAGAAAAGGAAAGGAAAAAGAAAAAAAAAAAGCAAAGAAAAAAAGAAAGAAAGAAAGAGAAAAAAUCGUGUGGCGCGCCGCCUGGUUCCCGGGAAGACUCGCCAGCACCAGGGGGUGGGGAGUGCGAGCUGAACGCCGCUGGAGAGUGAGCAGCCCUAGCAGGGAUGGACAUGAUGCUGUUGGUGCAGGGCGCUUGCUGCUCGAACCAGUGGCUGGCGGCGGUGCUCCUCAGCCUGUGCUGCCUGCUGCCCUCCUGCCUCCCGGCUGGACAGAGUGUGGACUUCCCCUGGGCGGCCGUGGACAACAUGAUGGUCAGAAAAGGGGACACGGCGGUGCUUAGAUGUUAUUUGGAAGAUGGAGCUUCAAAGGGUGCCUGGCUGAACCGGUCAAGUAUUAUUUUUGCGGGAGGAGAUAAGUGGUCAGUGGAUCCUCGAGUUUCAAUUUCAACAUUGAAUAAAAGGGACUACAGCCUCCAGAUACAGAAUGUAGAUGUGACAGACGACGGCCCAUACACGUGUUCUGUUCAGACUCAGCAUACACCAAGAACAAUGCAGGUGCAUCUAACUGUACAAGUUCCUCCGAAGAUAUAUGACAUCUCAAGUGACAUGACCAUCAAUGAAGGAACCAAUGUCACCCUUACUUGCCUGGCCACUGGGAAACCAGAGCCUUCCAUUUCUUGGCGGCACAUCUCCCCAUCAGCAAAACCAUUUGAAAAUGGACAAUAUUUGGACAUUUAUGGAAUUACCAGGGAUCAGGCUGGAGAAUAUGAAUGCAGUGCAGAAAAUGAUGUGUCAUUCCCAGAUGUGAAAAAAGUCAAACUUGUCGUAAACUUUGCUCCUACAAUUCAGGAAAUUAAAUCUGGCACAGUGGCCCCUGGACGCAGUGGACUGAUCAGAUGUGAAGGAGCAGGUGUGCCGCCUCCGGCCUUUGAAUGGUACAAGGGAGAGAAGAAGCUCUUCAAUGGCCAACAAGGAAUUAUUAUUCAAAAUUUUAGCACAAGAUCCAUUCUCACUGUUACCAAUGUGACACAGGAGCACUUCGGCAACUAUACUUGUGUGGCUGCCAACAAGCUAGGCACAACCAAUGCGAGUCUGCCUCUCAACCCUCCAAGUACAGCCCAGUAUGGAAUUACCGGGAGCGCUGACGUUCUGUUCUCCUGCUGGUACCUUGUGUUGACACUGUCCUCUUUCACCAGUAUAUUCUACCUGAAGAAUGCCAUUCUACAAUAAAUUUAAAGACCCAUAAAAGGCUUUUAAGGAUUCUCUGAAAGUGCUGAUGGCUGGAUCCAAUCUGGUACAGUUUGUUAAAGGCAGCGUGGGAUAUAAUCAGCAGUGCUUACAUGGGGAUGAUCGCCUUCUGUAGAAUUGCUCAUUAUGUAAAUACUUUAAUUCUACUCUUUUUUGAUUAGCUACAUUACCUUGUGAAGCAGUACACAUUGUCCUUUUUUUUUAAGACGUGAAAGCUCUGAAAUUACUUUUAGAGGAUAUUAAUUGUGAUUUCAUGUUUGUAAUCUACAACUUCUCAAAAGCAUUCAGUCAUGGUCUGCUAGGUUGCAGGCUGUAGUUUACAAAAACGAAUAUUGCAGUGAAUACGUGAUUCUUUAAGGCUGCAAUACAAGCAUUCAUUUCCCUGUUUCAAUAAGAGUCAAUCCACAUUUACAAAGAUGCAUUUUUUCUUUUUUUGAUAAAAAAGCAAAUAAUAUUGCCUUUACAUCAUUUCUUCAAAAUAUAACACAUAUCUAGAUUUUCCUGCUCGCAUGACAUUCAGGUUUCAGGAAUGAGCCUUGUAAUAUAACUGUGCAGCUCUGCUUCUCUUUCCUGUAAGUUCAGCAUGGGUGUGCCUUCAUAAAAUAUUAUUUUUCUCUUCAUCUCCAAUGAAGAAAAAUGUUUUGCCAAACCCUACAAUUUGAAAGCAAAAAUAAUCCACAAUGAUGUAGUUAAACUAUAUGUAAAGAAUGAAGGAACUCUUGGACUGUAAAAACUUCUUCCCUCAUUAUCUGUGGGGUUUGGGAAUUUUGCCCCUCAGUAACUCAGUUUUGUGAUGAAAAACAAUUUAACUAACAUAGUACAGGUAAAUUUACUGAAUGAUUUCUUUAGUUGCAGUUACAUAUUAGAUCCACUUUGGUAAAUAAUUCCCUUUGAAAAUGCUAGCACAGUCCAUCCAAGGGAUUGCCUACCCAUACAGCAUCUUUCCCUGUCACUAUUCCAGGCCCAAAAGAUCAUUUCUCAGAAAGGACACAAAGUCUGAUCACCUAAUAUUACAUGAGUUGGUAAGCACUCAAAAUUAAUUUGGCUCUGUGGCAGGUAACUUGGUAUGAUAGAUGCAGUACUUCCCUGGACAGGAGCAUUUUGCAUAUUUUCCAGCUGAAAACAUCUCUCAGUUGAUAGUUUGGAUUAGAUGUUACAUAAAAAAAGUUCCAAAAUAUAUUAUAAUAAAUAUUCCAUACUGGUAUGCAGCACAUCAAACCCUGAAAGAACUAAUUCUGCAAUAAAAUCUUCUCUGUAGUUAUGUAAGCUUGAACAAAUAAGGCCAAAAGAAAGAAAAAGAAAAAAUUACCCUAUUUUAUUUCUUCUGACAUGAUAUAUGUAAGAUGUGAUCAAAUGAAGACGCCAGUGAUGAGAGUAUCAAUAUAUGUUAAUUAUUAAAUUAUGAAUAUUAAAUCAUUUAAAUCACAAUGAAUGAAAACUACAUUUUUGAAGGAAAAUGCUGUUACUCUAUGAAAUAUUAUAUUACAGGAAUAGUUUGAUGGUUUUACUCUUUAUUGAAGAAAGACCAUCACCUUGAAAGCCAUUAUACAAGUUUAAUAAAGCUAAAAAUUUCACUACACUUAGAGAGAUUUCUGCAAAUAGCCCCCUUUUGUAAGUCAUAAUAAUGAUAAAAAACUACUAAUAAAGUUUGAUACAAGAAAUUUUGCAGAGGUUGUACAUAUUUACAAUAUCUAAUAUUUUGCCAUAAAAGAGAUGGCUUGAAAAUUGUGAUUUUUUUCCACCUGAAAUUUAGGCCCAAAGUGCACUAUAAAUCUAUUUUAAUUAGAAAAAUGAAUCCUAAAUGAGGAGGCAUAAAUAUACAAGGUUUUCACAAAAUGGCAAUAAUAUGACAUGAUGCUAUUAAAUUUACUCAAUGUAAUAAUUUAUGACAUUAUUUUGACUGAGUAUUAAAAACAGGGUGUUUUUUUAACACAUGGCAUUUUAACUAUGAUUAUUAUUGACUUGCUUUUUAAGUGUUCUUUGUGGAAUUGGUAAGUAAACUACAAUUUUUUGUUUUCUUUUUUGUAUUGCAGCUUUAAAGUGGCACACUCCAUAAUAAUCUACUUACUAGAAAUAGUGGUGCUACCACAAAAGUGUUAACCAUCAGUACCAUUGUUUGGGAGAAAGAAACAGAUAAUACAUACUAUACAGUGACCACUUUCCUAGAGUUAAAAAUACCUCCUCUUCGUAAGGUUUGUAGGGUAAAUGUGAGGUAAAUUGAGGUAUAAACUAUGGAUGAACCAAAUAAUUAGUUCAAAGUGUUGUCAUGAUUCCGAAUUUGUGGAGUCUGGUGUUUUUCCCAUAGAAUGUGACAGAAGUACAGUCAUAGCUCAGUAGCUAUAUGUAUUUGCCUUUAUGUUAGAAGAGACUUUCUUGAGUGACAUUUUUAAAUAGAGGAGGUAUUCACUAUGUUUUUCUGUAUCACAGCAGCAUUCCUAGUCCUUAGGCCCCUGAACAGAGUGAAAUCAUGAGUAUUUAUGAGUUCAAUAUUGUUCAAAUAAGGCUACAGUAUUUGCUUUUUUGUGUGAAUGUAUUGCAUAUAAUGUUCAAGUAGAUGAUUUUACAUUUAUGGACAUAUGAAAUGUCUGAUUACUCCAUUUUAUCAGUCCUGACUGUACAAGAUUGUUGCAAUUUCAGAAUAGCAGUUUUAUGAAAUUGAUUUAUCUUUUGAUCUGUAACAAUUUUUUCUAGCUAUUCAUUUCAGCAUUAUGUUUCCACAAGGUCCACUUGUGGGACUCUUUUUGUUGCCCCUGAAUUUUUGUUUCAAAGAAAGAAGAAAAAUAAAGAGUACUUGAGAAAGGAGAGUGGAAAGUAAAAGGCAGAAAAGGGAUGGAGGUAAAGAGAGAGAGAAAAAAGGGAAGGAGGAAGAAGGAUGAGGGAAGGAAGGAGAGAAAAGGUAGGAAAGGAAGGAAGAAAGGAAAGAAGAAAGCAAGGAAGGAGGGAAGGGAAGAGCUAGAAUAGGGUAGUUGAUUUAAUUUGUUUGCAUUCUUGCUUUAACUCCAAGUGGUGUAAUUAAGUUUUACAAUAAUCCCAUUUAAAACAUAAGUCCUGUUACACAAUUAAGUUCCCAUUGUACAGCAAUUACAUAAAGAAAAGAACUGCCCAAGUUAUAUUAUUGUGUUUUGGUGGGGACACUAAAAGAUCUGAGAGAGAGAAUGUCAAAGUUAAAGCCACUUUUGCAGGGUGGGAGGGAUUAAGACUUAACUGAAAAAUUAAUUCUUCAUCAUAACAUUUUAGCUAUAUCUAGAAAGUAGACUGGAGAACUGAGAAAAUAACCAGAAUAAUUCUGGACAAAAUACAUAAACAAAUACCCCAAUAUGUGAACCCAGAAAGCUCUGAGAAAUUUAUCAAAGCCAAUCAUCUAUAUUGAUCAGAUUUAUUGAACAAUUGUUAAUUUAUCCAUUGUACUUAGCUUUGCGACACAGCCAAAAGUUACCUAUUUAAUCUUUUCAAUAAAAAUUGUUUUUUGAAAUUCAGAAGUGAUUUAAAAAGAGGUCAGGUUUUUAACUAUUUAUUGAAGUAUGUGGAUGUACAGUAUUUCAAUAGAUAUGAAUAUGAAUAAAUGGUAUGCCUUAAGAUCCUUUGAAUAUGUAUUUACUUUAAAGACUGGAAAAAAGCUCUUCCUGUCUUUUAGUAAAACAUCCAUAUUUCAUAAUCUGAUGUAAAAUAUAUUGUACUGUUUCCGAUAGGUGAAUAUAAAGUCAGUUUAUCAAUUAAAAUAUGUAUUUGACUCAUUUAAAAAGUAUUAGUUCAAGAGAAAAAAGGAAGAAACAAUAAUUUAACCAUAUUUCUACUAUUUCCUUCUUUAUUUUCUACUGAUCCACUGUACUACACUCACAUCUUUCAGAUACUCCAAAGAUACAGGGCGAAAAUUUUAGAUGCUAUAGUUUCAAAGAGUUCCACAUUGUAGCCUUUCUCUCUGUUACUAAUUCACAAAAGGAUAUACAAACUGAACUACAUCUAGCCUAAAGAAGUUUUCUGGAGAGAUUUUAUUAUCAAUUAUUUAGAACUUUUACCUGCUGAAAUGCAGCAGAGUUAGCAACAGAGGCUGAUGGUAAAAUUCUGUUGGUUUUAUAGGCCAAGCAUCUGAAAACUCAAAUGCCUAAAGGAGUCAAGCAGAUAAUAUAAUUUGAUAAGCCAACUAGGUAUAAAACAGGGAGUAUGUACUCUACCUCAAAGCAUUCAGACACAAUUUACUUAAAAACACCUAAACACCUUGCUUUUCAAACAAAAUGUGAUUUGGCUGAAAACCCUUAAUUUCUGAUUGUUAUAGUAUAUAAGUGAGAGCCACCCCACAUGAAUGAUUUAAACCCUCUUCUCCAAAUCUGUCCAUCUAUGAUGUUCAACUGAAUAAAAGGGAACGAUACGAUAGAUAAGCAAAACAAAAAACCAUAAAAAAAGAUCCAUGCUGUUGUAAUAAGCUAUUCUGAAAUAUGGGUGUCAUUGCUAGUCUGGAAAAACCAUAUCUACCAAACCCUUUCCCUGACAAAAAAGAAAAACACACUAAUAAACAUCUGAUUUUCCCACUGACUCAUUAUUUCUCCCUUUGUAACUUGUAUUGUGCACUCAAUCACAUGGAAACAGAGGUAUUGAGUCUCAGAGCCUGAAAGCUACCAUGUAAAGUAAAGCUAUUUUCUCCCCGAAUGUAGUAUGUCAGAACAUAGAUAUUUCAAAAUGACAUGCAGGUAUUUGGAAAAUAGUUAUUUGCAUUAGUCUGUCAGGCAAAAAUUUAAGAAUUUUAAGAGAAAAAUUUCAAAGAAUAAUUCAUUCAAGAUAGCAGAAUUUGAUCUAAAUGCCAAAGAAUCAAUGUACUUCCCCUGAAAUUCCCAAGAAGUAUAUGUCUUUACAUUCACAUGAACUUUUUUCUAAUAAUUCUAACUUUACUGCAAAUAUUUAGGAAUUGACAUCUCAAGUGGGAGGAGAAAAAAUGGCAAAUGCACCAAAUAAAUAUUUUGUGAAAUAAAAUAAAGUUUUGUGGUUCCCCAUGGUGGUCCUACAGGCAAGAGCUGCACAGGCUGUGGAAGCUCAGGUCAGCCAGGUCAGCUCCCGCUGUGCUGUGAUGAUGCCCUGCAGCCACUCUUGCCGGUGUCACAAGACUCACAGCCCUUCACCCAGCACCCAUGACCAGGGAAAAAAGGAAAAGAAAAAGAAAAGAAAAAAGACACAGCCUGGAAUGCUCAAAAGAAGAUAAAAUGGUUCUUAAACUUGUUUUUUUCAGACAUAGAAGGCAUAAGGAUAUUCAUUGUCUGUUAUUUUAGGACAUUGCCCUCAUGUAUUUGACUGAUGGAACAUUUUCCCCUGUACCCAUCCCCUGCUGUAAAAAAGUAUUUAAGCUGUUCCCAAACAAAGGGGCUGUGGAGCAGUUUAUCAGAACACACUGGUCAUGGUCUUCAGUAAGAUGCUGAAUAGACCCAUGUUGAUUUCAGCUGAACUUUCUAAUCUUCCUGGAGAGAAAGAAAGGAGGAACAGUUUUCAGUCUUCUCCCUAAAAACUCCAUGCACAAUAAUCCUAGGUAAGCUAGCACAGCUUACUCAAGCCUUCAGUCUAAGAAACAUGCUCCAUUUUAGAGACAGAUGUGGCAGCUAGAUUUGGUCCUAAAUCACAACUAUUCCUAACUUGCAUUUUGUAAGGCACUUAAGCAGUCAUUGCUGCUCUGACUUUUGCAGUACUUUUAAAUGGCAUUAUUGUCAUGUAUUGAUGAUGUAAACUAGAUUCAGAAAGUUUAAGUCUCUUGUUGAAGAUUACACUUCUACUAUUUGGCAUAUUUGAGCUAAAUCUGUAAUGCUGGAACACUCCCAAUUUGUUUUUACCUCCAUUAGCCUUCUUGAGACUAGGAAAAGGAUGUGAUCACAUUAUUAGCUUCACUAACAACUAUAGGUAUACUUACAUUUAUAUAUAAGUAACUCAUGUGUAUAUAUACAUUUUUUUUUCCUUUAUUGCCUUCUCUUUAUUUUCCAGUGCUUCCAGAGAGUAUGGAGUUUAAAGGCAAAUCACAUUAUAUAUCUCAUCUAAAACUUCUAGGGUGGGAAAUUGCCAUUGGAUACACAGUACUUGGUAAUAUUAGACCCAUCACACCAAAUGGAGGAUCUCGCCAUAAUCCUAUGUAUCUCUUUCAUGUAGCAUUUUGCAAAAGACCAGCUAAGUUGUGGACAAUCCGGUGACUACUUCCCAGGCAUCUGCAAUCAACAGAAUUCUUAGGAAAACAGAGAUCAGAGUACAUACACAUAUUUUUUUAAAUUCACAAUAGAAUUCUGAUUUUAAUCUUAAGUGAUGUUGUUUGAGCCAAUUUAUAUCAAAAUACUCAUUAUACUCACAGCUGUUUUUGUUGGGGCAGUAGAACAAGAGGGAGAUUCUAAUUUUGGAAAUUAAACUGUAUGAAACCUAUGGAAUACAUUUGUAUUUUGUUGUCAAAAUAGAAAUACAAUACAGAUCCUGUGAACAUCACUCUUUAGAUUGAAAGAAAUGAAAAGCAUGACUUUCAUACACAUCCAAAACAAAUAUAUUAAUUCAUUAAUGUACAACCAGGUAAAAUGCUACGACCAGAUAAAAGGCAAAACCAAAGAACAGACACAUUUAUAGAUCAAGAAUGCUGAAGUUGGUAUGCUAAUGAAAGCAAGACUGGUUUCUUCCAGAGAAAGAAAGAACAUGCAAUUAAAUAUUUAACCAACAGAAUUUAUUUACGUGCCUACAGACAAGGACUAUUCCACCUUAGUAUCAUUUAUCUACAACUUGUAAAAUAUUUCAAAUGCAAUGAAAGGUAGAGUCCUAUAGAAUCAGGAUCAGGUAACAGAGAAGGGUAUGUUCUAAAUAAUGCAGAGCUUUUCAAUGCAACACAAAUAUUUCCUUAAAAUGAUGAGAUGUAAAAACCUUACAAGAGUGAAUUCCAUGAAUUACCAAUAUUUUGAGGUUUGAUAAUAUAAUCUCUAGUAUAAUAACACAGGAAAAAAACAAGUUAUUUUUUAAUUUAAUACUGUACAUUCAUUCUCUCUAUUCAUUCUAUUUUUUCAUUUUCUUCCUCAUUCCACAAACCAUUACUCAACAGUUUGGACAUACAGAUGAGAAGUGAACAAUUAAAACAUAACAAGAACCCCCUUGCUUCAAGAAUCUACCUUUGGACACUUGUUAAUAAAAGAAAGUCUUUCUGUCAUUUGGAGAGAGGGACAUUUAAUUCUGUGAUAACAGGAAUUUAAUAAAAAAAUAAAAAUGAAGAAAUAGUUGAUAACAAUAUUUCAUCAACUCAGAUACAAUUGUAUUGGUGAAAACAUUACAAAAAGCAACUGCAAGAGCCAAAUGGUCUGCUUCCACUUAAUGCUAAUGAACCCAGUCUUUGCAUAGAUUUUGGUUUGGUAGGAACUACAGGAGGUAGCAUGGUUCAUUAGUCUUCCAAAGCUUUAAAAUGUUAAAGGGGGUGGUUUUGCUCCUUCAUUUCAAAUGAAUUGCUAAAAGCAUUAGGUCGUUCCUCAGUAGAACUUUGAAUUUGCUAGUUUCUUCAUUAAUUUUGACCUUUUUACAUUGAAAAAAGUUAACUCUACACUAAACCACAGCAGACUUCUACCUCCUGCAGUCUUGAAUUGUGCUUAAACAAGUACUCCAAGAAUUUCCUGAGAAAACUUGGGGAUCAUAUUUUAGAAAAAGGACUUAUAAAAUAUUAUUUGGAAAUUAUAAUAUGCUAGUAAUAAAGAGCAAAGUUUUCCUGAUAGUUCUAAAGCACCCAAUAAGAUCUGCAUGACUCUUACAUACUUUUCCAAGUAGUUUCAUAAAUGUGGACUAUGGUGGCCCUGAAAAUUGACAUUUCCCAAACACACUUUUGACAUGUGACCUGACAAAAAUGUGGUCAGUGGCUCACUUGUGACAAACUCCCUGAGAAUUGUUGCCAGAGAUUUGAAACUGCUUCAGGCAGAUGUCUUUCAAAACGGUACACAUAUAUACACAAAUGCAAAGCUGCUUUGCUGUCAGUGAUCUGGAAAAUAAGCUUGCAAGCCAGCCAUGUGGUAUUCUGGAUAAUUCAAAAAAAAAAAAGAAA